AAAUCUCAGUGCUUCACCUUUGACGAUGAAGAGCGGGAGGAGAGGAAGAAAAUGGCCCAGCUGCUGAUUAAGUUCCUGGAAAGAGAGUUGCAGCCGUCCUGUCAGGUGACGUGUUUGGAAAGCAUCCGCAUCCUGUCCCGGGACAAGUACUGCCUUGACCCCUUCACCACCAAGGAAGGCCUGAAGACCCUCUCCAGGCAUGCUGGCAUUGAUUACUCAGAGGAGCUCAUCCGAGAGGUCCCAGAUUUGGAUGUAAUCCUGGAAUCCCUCAAAUGUCUCUGCAACAUCGUCUUCAGCAGUGCUAGGGCACAGGAGCUGACAGCUGAAGCCCGGCUGGUGGUGGGCCUGGCCAAGCGCAUCAAACUGUACAACGAGAGGAGCCUUCCCCACGAGGUCAAGUUCUUUGACCUGCGUCUCCUGUUCCUGCUGACGGCGUUGAGAGUGGACAUCCGGCAGCAGCUUGCCCAGGAGCUCAGGGGCAUUAGCCUGAUGACAGAUACGCUGGAGCUGACUCUCGGUGUAAAGUGGAUGGACCCCUACGAAGUUGCUACCGAGGAGGGUCUUCUGCCGCCUUUGCCUCGGCAGGAGACUGAGCGAGCCAUGGAGAUCCUGAAAGUCCUCUUCAAUAUCACCUUUGAUUCCAGCAAGAGGGAGGUGGAUGAGGAAGAUGCUGCUUUGUACCGGCACUUGGGUGCCCUCCUGCGCCACUGCCUCAUGAUCUCUGCUGAUGGAGAGGAGCGGACAGAGGAGUUCCACAGUCAUACAGUUAACCUUCUGGGCAACCUGCCCCUGAAAUGUCUGGAUGUCCUCCUGACCCCCAAAGUCCGGCCAGGCUCACUUGAGUACAUGGGUGUGAACAUGGAUGCUGUCAACAUCCUGCUGGAUUUUCUGGAGCGACGCCUGGACAGGGGCCACAAGCUGAAGGAGAGUUUGACCCCUGUGCUGAACCUGCUGACUGAGAGCGCCCGAGUCCACCGCCAGACGAGGAAGUUCCUGAAGUCGAAGGUGCUGCCACCGCUCCGAGAUGUGAAGAAUCGUCCGGAGGUGGGGAACUCGCUGCGGAACAAGCUGGUGCGUUUGAUGACCCACAUUGACACCGACGUGAAGCACUGUGCGGCAGAGUUCCUCUUCGUGCUCUGCAAGGAGAGCGUGUCACGGUUUGUGAAGUACACGGGCUACGGGAAUGCGGCCGGGCUCCUGGCAGCGCGAGGCCUCAUGGCUGGUGGUCGGGAAGAGGGGGAGUACUCGGAAGAUGAAGACACAGACACUGAGGAGUACAAAGAGGCAAAGCCCAACAUUAAUCCUGUGACUGGACGCGUUGAGGAGAAACUACCCAACCCCAUGGAAGGGAUGACUGAAGAGCAGAAGGAAUAUGAAGCCAUGAAGUUAGUCAGCAUGUUUGACAAACUGUCCAGGGAGCAAGUCAUCCAGCCCAUGGGCAUCACGCCGAGCGGCAACCUGGCCCCCAUGGAAAACGCCAUCUGCGAUGUGACCGAUGAGCGGUCGUCGUCUGACUCAGACCUGGGGCUGGACUGAUCCAGACCUCUCACCCCAGCCUCGGAGAGCUGGGGAGCCUCCAUCCGCUCUCCCUCCAGAACUGGUGCUGCACCCAGAGGCUGGUACUGGGCCAGGACUCUCCCUGUGGGAUCUGGUUCCAGCCUGGACCCCUCACAAUCCACAACAGGAGCACCUCCUGCCUCCUUCCUGGCUCCACAACCACCUCUUCUUCUAGAAGGCCUUUUAUGGUCUGGCUCCACCUUGGUCUCUCCUGUCAGCAGCCACGAGGAUUUCACACUCCAAUUUGCUUCCAGGACUUUCCAGUAGGAUUUAUGUUUUUAAACACACGAUGUUUGGAAAGAAGCAGGGACGUAGGCCCUUCCUGUCACCAUUAGGGUUCAGCAAUCU